GCCCCUCCCCCGCGCGGCGUCCAGUGCCAGGCAGGAGGCGGCAGCGGUUGGAGGCUUUGCUGAUCCUUGCAGCGCGGACCUGGGCAGCGGCGGUAGCGGCAGCGCCUCAAGCACCUCGGCCCUGACACAAUGCGGCGAGUGGUACGACAGAGCAAGUUUCGGCAUGUAUUUGGACAAGCAGUGAAAAAUGACCAGUGCUAUGAUGACAUCCGGGUUUCUCGUGUGACCUGGGAUAGUUCCUUUUGUGCUGUCAAUCCCAGAUUUGUUGCCAUAAUCAUAGAAGCGAGUGGAGGUGGAGCCUUCCUUGUACUCCCUCUGCACAAGACCGGUCGAAUUGACAAAUCCUACCCUACAGUAUGUGGCCACACAGGACCAGUGCUGGAUAUAGACUGGUGCCCGCACAAUGAUCAGGUCAUUGCCAGCGGUUCAGAGGACUGCACGGUUAUGGUAUGGCAGAUUCCAGAAAAUGGACUCACCCUUUCCCUGACUGAACCUGUGGUGAUCUUAGAAGGCCACUCAAAGAGAGUUGGCAUCGUGGCCUGGCAUCCGACAGCACGCAACGUACUUCUUAGCGCAGGCUGUGAUAAUGCCAUCAUCAUCUGGAAUGUGGGGACAGGCGAAGCCCUUAUAAACUUGGAUGACAUGCAUUCAGACAUGAUUUACAAUGUGAGCUGGAACCGGAAUGGCAGUCUGAUCUGCACAGCUUCCAAAGACAAGAAAGUGAGAGUAAUUGAUCCCAGGAAACAAGAGAUUGUUGCUGAGAAGGAGAAAGCACAUGAAGGCGCUCGGCCCAUGAGGGCUAUCUUCCUGGCAGAUGGCAACGUCUUCACCACUGGCUUCAGCCGCAUGAGCGAGCGGCAGCUGGCGCUCUGGAAUCUGAAAAAUAUGCAAGAACCAAUUGCUCUUCAUGAAAUGGACACAAGCAAUGGGGUGUUGCUGCCUUUCUAUGAUCCUGACACCAGUAUCAUUUACUUAUGUGGAAAGGGUGACAGUAGUAUCCGCUAUUUUGAGAUCACUGAUGAAUCCCCGUAUGUCCACUACCUCAACACAUUCAGCAGCAAGGAGCCUCAGAGAGGGAUGGGUUACAUGCCCAAGAGGGGACUUGAUGUUAACAAAUGUGAGAUUGCCAGAUUCUUUAAGCUUCAUGAGAGAAAGUGUGAGCCUAUUAUCAUGACUGUUCCCAGGAAGUCUGACCUUUUCCAAGAUGACUUAUAUCCAGACACAGCAGGGCCCGAGGCCGCCCUGGAGGCAGAAGAGUGGUUUGAGGGGAAGAAUGCGGAUCCAAUCCUUAUCUCCUUGAAGCAUGGGUACAUUCCAGGCAAAAACAGGGAUCUAAAAGUAGUCAAGAAGAACAUUCUAGACAGCAAGCCUGCUGCAAACAAGAAGUGUGACCUGAUCACCGCCCCCAAGAAGACCACAGAUGUGGCCGGCGUGCAAAAUGAAGCCAAGUUGGAUGAAAUUUUAAAAGAAAUCAAAUCUAUUAAAGACACAAUCUGCAAUCAAGAUGAGCGUAUUUCCAAGUUAGAACAGCAGAUGGCGAAGAUAGCAGCCUAAAGGUCCCACCCCCACCCCUCCAAAAAAAACAGGAGCAAGAACUUGUGCUUGGUGGCUGGUUGCUGGUACGGUCCUAGGGAGGGCGGAAAGAGAGGCACUGCCAUUGGAGACAUUCCAUUUCAGAUUUGACGACCCGCGAUGGGCCACAUUCCAGUGAGAACUCAGCUCGGCUCCCAAGUUUGCAAAAACAAAAGCUGAGCUUUUUAUCAGAAAGCUUUUUUGAUGUUUUAAGUGUUAUGUGACUUGUUGAACUUUGAAAAGACAAAAGUGCUACUUUUAAAAUCCCAGAUAUUCUGAAUUUUAGCAAACAAACCAAUUCUGAUUCAGCAUCGUGCCCAAGAACCUUUUUUUUAAUGACUAGGGACCAAUGCCACAUUGCUUUUUGUAUUUCUUUUCUUUUUUUAAUGUUGCCAAAACCAAAAGUAGCUUUUUUUUCCUUUGUAUUUUGCUACUUUGCAGUAUUUGUGUGUGUGGUUUUUUUUUCCUUAAUUUGAAAGGGACAGUACUGUGUAUGUUUAUAAACUAAAUGAAGAUAUUAUUUUGUAUAAACAUUCAUCUGAGAACAAUCAGAGCAGUAGCCACGUGGUGCUGGCUCAGUUGCAGCAUAAACCUGGUCAUUUUAAUGACUGUACAAAAGGAAGACUUGAAAAAUCAUGUGACCCACAGUACCACCCCUCAUUCCUGAGUCUUCUGAUCAAAAAAGCUCAAAUCGUAUCUCCUCCUUUCUGUCCUUUCUCUUUUCUAGAAAUUGGGUGGUUGUACCGGAAUGGAAUUUUGCUUCUUGAUCCUGUGCUUCAGAUGAUUAUAAUCUAACCUAAACUAGCAUGUGUUUCUGCAGUUUUGUUACACACAGAAUCUGUCACAUUCAUCACUUGGAACAUCGUGGUUCGGGUUUUGGUCGGUAGUUGACAAGGGCACCCGGGCCAGGAGGACACGCACGGUGCUGAGUGUUUCUCCUGCCCAUCUCAGCAGGGUGCCUCACUCCAGAGUGCAGUGGUGGAGACUUAAACCAGGAAGCGUAGAGGGGAGCCCUUGCCAGGUGGUCCUCUGUUUCCUGCUUGGCCCCUGCUGUGACUGGGCUGUGCUGGAGGAGAAGGAGCUCUCCUUACACCCAAAGCACCUGCCUCCCCUCCUCCUCACGGCUGCUGUGACCAGCCAGGCCUGCCUGUCUUCCUGCCUGUCAGCCCUAAUCACACCCUUCAGGACGAGGCCACAGGGUGCUAGUGAAUGUUGAGACUGAGGCAAAUGGGCUAGAAUGAAGCAGAAACGGGAGUGCAGGGCUCUGCUGUCACCGUGAUGUGUACAGCCAUGUCCCUUAUGUCCUCCACACAGAGCAGCCUGCUCUUCCUCUCCAGCUCACACUGUGGCUGUGUCACAGCACAGAGGCUCCAUGGACUCAGAGGGGCUGGAAAGGGAGCACUGAUCCCUGCUCCUUCCUAGGUUAGCUGGGAACCUGUCCCAUGUCUGUGUUUCCAGAUUGCAUGUUUAGAGCCAGACUUGUGGAAAGGGCCAGGUGCCUGAUAGAAUCUGACCCAUAUAGUGCAUGGCGACUGCACAGGGAGCUCUUGGGCAUGGGCAUGCGCUGAUGUGGAUGCAGAUGUAGGCGGGAAAGGAGGACAGAGUGAGAUGUGGCAGCAGCCAGGUACGGCGCACCUGGGAGAGCUCCCAAUUCAUGGCCAAUAAAACAGGCUUGCUGUCCUCACGGUUUCAGGGCAUCAGAAUGUUUGAUGUGGUUUUGUAUGUUUGUAUGUGUGUGUUCGUAAUAUUGAAGUGGACAAUGAGACAUAAAGCAACUACAGUGACUUACAGUCAAACCUACAUUGUCUCUUUAUUAAUGUAAUCUGCUAAGGACCUUCAUUUCUAAGAUUCAGAAAUGUGUUAAGGUUCUGAUAUCAAAUUAAGUAGAUAGCAUUGCUGCAGAUGGUGGUGAAACACCACAGGGAAUGUGGUUCAGAGUGAAGAGGGAGCGCAAGGAGAGAGGUUAGCUUAGUGUGCAGCUUCUGGUGAGUGGAUGCCCAGCCACGCUCGGAGUACGCAUCUGAAGCAUUGUGGAUUCUCUUUCCUGUUUUGUCUUCAUCUUCUCUUUUAAAACACUGCAACAUCCCAGAAGAGGACAGUGAAUUACUCCUAGAUCGGCUCUUAUAGAGCAGCCAUAGUGUUCUGUUAAAACACUUGCUUCCAUUUUCAAAGAUAAAAAUCAUUGACUCCGAA